UAGCUUUUCGUGUUGCUCAUUCGUAAUGACCUUCGUGUUACUAACGUAAUUAAAAAAAACAGUUUCUUGUUUAAAUGCUUCCCAAUGAUGCCAGAAGCAGGACUAUCAAGUACGUGGACAAUGUUGCUGUCUCCUCGUGCGCAUCACCGGUCGCCCUGGCGCUGGAAUUCGCCGGGCUACACUGCCCGGGGGGCUCCGCGGCCAAGGUGGCUUCCUCGGGGGCCCGCGUGCCCCUGGGCUGGCCCUCCCGGCUCCUCUGCCGAGGGGUGAAACUCAAGCAGCGGCUCGUUUCGGGGCUCCUGCUAGCCGCAUCGGCCAUUCUCUUCCUCACCCUCGUGCGCAUCACCGGAGUCCGCCAGCUACCGUUCGCGUCGCCCGCGCAGGACUGGGUGCCCAGCCACCGCAAGGGAGUCGCCGGACCGUCGGUGCAGCAGGCCGGGCCCGAUCCGUCGGGAGUCCUCGGCAAGAGACUCUUGACCAAGGCCUCGGUCGAAGGAGGUUCCAAGAGAACGGGCAGCGAGGCCGCUGGAGCCGGAGGCCAAGCGGAUCCCGGCCCGGGUUCGCUGGCGUCUUCGCCACCUCCUCCGCCUGUGCGCAGUCGCGGCAAACCCUCGGUUGCGGCGGCCAAGGGUUCGAAGAAGAAUGACGCCGUGGGAGGCAACGCGCUGGCGGGCGGCAACAAGAGACGGCCGGGCAACGCAGCCGCAGCAGCCGCUGGCAGCGCCGAGAAGGAGGUCGUCGAAGGCGAACCGCAGCAGAAGCCGCCGCACGACCCCUUCGAGGACCUGGUGCACAUCGCCUGGCCCCCGGCCGAAACGCGCCGGGCUGUCGUCAGGCCCCGACGCUACAACCCCACGCUGGGGCACAUCCUUCAGAUCGAGACCAGCCGCAACAUGACCAGCUGGGAGCAGUUCCAGACGGGCAUCGCGCGCGAGUGGCUCUACCCGGAGAACUCGGAACUGGUCGAGCGCAUACUCCACGAGAUGGCGACACUACCCAUCGUGCACGUCGGCCUCAAGGAUGGCGGCACACAGCUGAAGCUCAUCAUCGACUACGAAAAUGGCGGACAGGCUCUUUUCAAGCCCAUGAGGUUCUCUCGUGAAACGGAGACCAACCCGAACCACUUCUACUUCGUCGACUUCGAGCGUCACAACAGCGAGAUUGCCGCCUUCCACCUCGACAGGCUGCUGGGGUUCCGGCGGGCGCCCCCGGUGGUCGGCCGGGCGCUGAACAUGACGACCGAGAUCUACGCCAUCACGGACGAGGACAUCCUGAAGACGUUCUUCGUCUCUCCAGCCAACAACCUGUGUUUCCACGGCAAGUGCAGCUACUACUGCGACACGUCGCACGCCAUCUGCGGGAACCCGGACAUGCUGGAGGGCAGCUUCGCGGUCUUCCUCCCUUCCAAGGACAUCGCGCCUCGCAAGUCCUGGAGGCAUCCGUGGCGCAGGUCGUACCACAAGCGGCGGAAAGCCAAGUGGGAGCUGGACGACGACUACUGCGUCCAGGUGCGCGCCACGCCCCCUUACGACCGCGGACGAAGGCUGCCCGACCUCAUGGACAUGGCCGUCUUCGACUUCCUCAUAGGCAACAUGGACCGGCACCACUACGAGACGUUCCUCUCGUUCGGCAACAACUCUUCGCCGCUGCACCUCGACCACGGGCGAGGCUUCGGCAAGCCCCACCACGACGAGCUGAGCAUCCUGGCCCCGCUGUACCAGUGUUGCCUGCUGAGGCGCUCCACGCUUCGGCGGCUGCUGUCGUUCCACAGCGGGCCGGUUCCGCUGAGCGCCGCCAUGCGCCGCUCGCUGCGCCGAGACCCCGUGGACCCGGUGCUGACCGAGCCCCACCUGGGAGCCCUGGACCGGCGCCUCCAGCUGGUGCUCGAGGUGGUGCGGGAGUGCGUGUCCGAGCGAUCGGCCGCCGAGGUGGUCAUCGUGGACGAUGCCUGAAGAAAAGAAAAGGAGCGCGAUGAGCUCGCCGUAAUACGCCGGUCCCGAAAUAUCCAGUGCAUAUCAGGUCACUUUCCGCGGCCAGGAUGUCCCACGAACGCCAGCCCAGGCUUAGACCGGCCGGGCCUCCUCCGAUACGCUUUCGGCAGCCCGCCGCGCCGUCCUCUUCGGAGAUGCACGACCAACUGUGGCCUCGCUGGUCGAAAGUGUUACACGAAGCGCGCCGUGGAGUGGACGCUUGGACGUGCAUACUGGACACGUUUCCUUUCUCUCUCUCUCUCUUUAUUUUCUUAUUUCGACGUCCCCGCAUUUGUGAGUGCUCCGAGUGCUUGAACAGUGCAAGUGAGUUUGCCGCUCGCUUUCAACAGCGUGCGACGCUUAGGCUUCGGUUCGCUGUGGCAACCACGUCGUCGACGGGGCAAGCGUACCUUGUGUGUGUGGCCUCUGCUGCACGGAAACGCACGGUGUCCGCCACGCAUUGCGUGUGCUCCCUCUCGGUAAUUGCGCGCAGUGUGGUAAAAGCGCAGCUGCUUUAAGUCAUUACAGACAUUGUGGGUUAAGCAUCUGGGUCCACCAGCUGUCGCGUGUGCCCGAUAUGCGUUAGUCAUCUCCAUUCUUUCGGGUGCUCUGGACGACCGGCAGCUCUGCAGCUUUCCGUAUUCGAAGGUAUGCGCCCGUCUCACGCUAUAAACUGAAGGCGUAUGGCUGUUUCGUCUGGUGUUUGGGGCUGCUGUGAACGCUCGCUAUAACGAAAGGUUUCCAAAGGUCAGGCUGCGGCCAACACUCGUUGUAGUGAACUCGCCCUUCAGCAUUUCAGCAUAACUCGACAUAACUUCGCCCCGUCCUGCGAUAAACUGUCACCGGUUAGAAGCACCAUUAAGCGAAAUAUUGUUGUACUCGGUAUCCUGUGUAUUGACGGUUAUACGUAUAAUGACCUCUCCCCCGCUUUUAUUUUUUAUCAAAACAUUCGUCAUAUGCGCUCUUAUCCCCACCUGGCAACUGCGUUCUAACGUCUCUCAGUUACAAGGUUAUGACCACUAUUAUCACUCUUUGUUCUGAACGCCACGAAAAUUAUCUCGUGGUUCCGCGAGAAUUCCUGCUGCAAUUAAAAUUACUCCGCUCUUUGCGUACGUGCCGUUUCCGAGGAAACUCUUCGCCGUCCUCUCCCGUUGUGGUACGUGCGGCGUAUGUGUCAUCGGCUGCGCAGUAAAAUUUCGUUAUAACGAGACCGCUUCGUUCAAAUUGCCGUUAGACUCAACGUCCUGCCGCCAGUCAUGCAAUGCCAUGGUUACAUUUGCAGCGCCUCUGUUUUCCUGAAACCCACAGUGGUUGCUUAGUGGCUAUUGUGUUGCGCUGUUAAGCACGUGGUCGCGGGAUCGAAUCCCGGCCAUGGUGGCCGCAUUUCGAUGUGGGCGAAAUGCGAAAACACCGGCGUAUACUUAGAUUUAGGCGCGCGUUAAAGAACCCCAGGUGGUCCAAAUUUCCGGAGUCCCCCCACUACGGCGUGCUUCAUAAUCAGAUCGUGGCUUUGGUGCACGUAAAACCCCAUAAUUAAUUUUUUUUGUUUUGUUUUGUUGAAGUUCUGCUUGCACGAGAUUUUUCGCCGUCUUGUUAUGUUCGUCGUAUAAUGUGCAUCUGUCUGCCCCUCACUAAAGGCGUGCUGUGAGCUAAUCGUGUCAUUUCGCUGUUCCAAAUAAAUGUGGCACUAUUCGUAAUGUCUUCGCUUUUAUCGCACCAUUCGUUUUGGCCGUCCCGCGCUGACUUCUUUAUAACGGAACCGUCCUCCACUGACUUCGUUAUAGCGGGGGUGCAUUCUCGUACCUUGUUUCGCGUACAGAGGAAAAGCGUUUUGUGGCAAUUUCCAGGCGUUUCCUGAGCCCGUCGAAAUACGAAGUUUUUUUAGCCCGACGUGGCACUUACUAACGUUGGCGCAAUAACCAGACAAAGUCGAUGACGUCAGCGCUGGUUUUUUUGUGGCCCCUUGUGAGGUCGUGCUCACUCAAAGUUUGUAGCAGAAGUCCUUAUCGCAACCACUUUCUGCGUUACGCUUCAUCUGCUGCUUUAGGCGUCCCCGCGAGUGGCGUGAACUUCUUGCGUAGGCCGGAAGUUCGGCCGGAAGUGCCCCGUCCUGUCUUCUCUUUUCGUUCUCGUCUUUGUGCACUUUUACAGUUUCAAGACGCUAGUAAACCAACGAGCCCAGUUGUCUAUUCUGUUAGGAUUUAGCCCUCCCCCGACGCGGAAAGUUGUGCAACGCCAAGAACGUUUCUAAAAUUCUCGUUAAGUGUACAGCGUCGCGAUGUACCGCCAGGAGCGCUGCUGUUCCGGGCUCAUAACAUCCACCCAUCCAUCCAUCCUUCUCCUUACGUCACUAGUAGUAACACGUGCGCACCUGGAUAGAGCGGUUGCCGAGAGGGAGCACAUGUUUCUGUGCUAAUGUGUGGCGCUGUGGACCUGUGCAUUUUCACGACGGUGUUUAACCGUCUCUCCUCGCCGGUGGCGUGUGAUGACGUCAUUUCCGCUUUUCGCCAAAGCGUGUGUAGCCUCGAGCUAAUAAUGGGCGUGUCAAGUGUUCCGACCUGUGUUCCUUUCACCUCGGCAGCGUGUAGUACGUCGCCAUCCAGCCGAGAUUACAAAACCAUUCUUACCGUG